UAAAUAUGAUGCUCAUCACUUUUGUCUGUCGGGUCAGAGUUCAUUGUGACGUCACGGUAGAAUAACACGACAAUGAAGAUUACGUCAUUAAUUCUACUGUUUGGAUGUGUCGUCCACCAUGUCAGCACGGCAACGACCGGCCCCUAUUGUACAGCCGGAUCACCACAGCCAAAACCAACCGACCCGCCCUUUCCGGAUCUUCCCCGGAGCUUCCAGACCCGCCUGGAGGCGAACUUAGUCGACCGGGGUUUCACCAUGGAGGUUGCUGAGUACGCCGACGAUGACGGCAACCGAGCGGCGUUGACUGUGGUGAGAGGGGGAGACUUCACAGACGUGGUAUUCGACUAUCAGGCUGGACAGGUGUACACAGUGCACGACGGUGUCUGUGUGACCAAGACGAUGUCCAACGACACUGUGGACGACUACUUAUUUGGCGACAUCGGCAUUAACGGCACCGGUCACAUCUUCUCAACAAAUGACAUUAUUAAGUUUGCAAAGCAUUAUGGUGAAACCUAUCUGGGUCAAUCUGAAGUUCGUGGUAUUAACUGUGACCGAUGGCGGACUUGCAUGUACUGGGAUUAUUUCAAGGCCAACUUCACACUCGACUACUAUUUUUCAGCUCUGAACUGGACAACUUCGAUGACAUAUCCACAAGUCCCUGUUAGAGCAGACGUCACAGGAAUUAUGCAAACAGCCUCCGGUCAGAGGGACUUUCAUCACAUGUACGAUUAUUAUGACUUCCGGCCCGGAAUAGAGCCAGGUCUCACUGUCUUUGAGACACCGCCAGAUGUAGUGUGCCCGCAACGGAAGAGCGUCAAACUGAUUCCGAAGGUGGCCAAUCAGUUUUACUUCCGGAUGGAAGACACGAACGUACCGUCUGCGCACACUUUCAACUUACAGGCGUGGUACGACAAUGAGUACAAAGUGAUACGGGUGGAUUAUCCCGACCAGGGGCGACCCGCAAUCCACAUUGAUGACUUCAAUAGGGGUACUCGCUACACCAUUGACAAGGAGUAUGGCAACUGCAGCAUGACACCACUCCCAGACACAGUGAUGGAUACCAAGAGAGUGGGGAAGGGCAACCAUUGGUUUCUGGAACUUCUCGAUCCACUGGAGUUCCUCCGACUCCAAGCCGAUUUUGUUUAUGUGGGACAGCGAACUGUACGUGGAUUGAUCUGUGACCUGUUCGUUGCCAAGGUAACCGGCAAGAGUGCCGUCAUCUACACCAACACAGCGGCCGACAAUGUCACAGUAGAAGCCUAUUUCUCCAGGAGUUCCAACGAGAGUACUGACACAGGUGUUCCCGGUGACAAGGGGGUCUACACGCAUGUCCUCGUACAAAUUGUCACCUAUAUAAACCAGACUCAACUACAGACCAUCAUGAACUUCUAUGACUUUGACUUCAGUCAUCCCGACCCCGUGAAAACGUUUGAUCUGACGCCAUGUUUCUCUGACAGACAACAGAUUGGAUUCAACGUCAGAUUUCCAGCUCCUGAUGCCCCGGAUCUCCUUCCGUACGAUGUCCAGAUCCAGACCGAGGCCUUGAAGGAGAUCUCUGUGGGUCUUCAGCUGGAGCCAACGCGCCUGCAACAUCUCCGGGUGUACGCUGACGACAGCCACGUCUACGUUUCGGGGAAACUGCUGGACCGGCCACCUCUGCUGGCCCGGUACAAUGUGAUUCGGAACCAGACGAUAGAGAUGGUUGACUCUCAACACGACAACGUCACGUCGGUCGAGGAAUGUGCCGCGCUAUGUGACGUCAGCCACGACUGCGUCACCUUCGGCAUCUGCAAAAGCACCUGCUAUCUCUCCCACGUCGUGCAGCAGUACUCCAUGGACAAAACCCUAACAGCACAGUGUGACAGAUAUUCAGCCAUUGUGCAGCGUCCGAAGGGACUUCCCGAUCAUGAUCUUAAGGCCGCCUGGGCUGCCUUCAACAAUCUGGUAUCCACUGGUCAUCUUACGAUCCAUCUGUCUGUACCUGCAGACCCUGACCAGGGUCUUUCGCUGUUGGCCAGUGAUGUGGUCGAGGACGAUAUAUGGAAACACGACUGUCAAGUUGAUCAGAACCUUGCUUCAGACAUGUCAACGGAGAUGCAGUCAGACGCCACACCAGAUACAGCGUCAUCACCCUUUGUGUCGACACCAGGUGCAGCGUCCACACCCUUUGUGUCGACACCAGGUGCAGCGUCCACACCCUCUGUGUCGACACCAGGUGCAGCAUCAUCACCAGAUGUGUCGACACCAGGUGCAGCGUCGAAAACCCCAUCUAACCCACCUGCGUCUAUGAUGACAACGAGUUUUCCUUCUGGCGCAUCAAGUACAGCUCCAUUCACAACAGCUUCAUCUCCACUGACGCCGGGAACAGUAACUCCACCGACGCCGGGAACAGUAACUCCAAUUCCACACACCACAACCGGAAACAAGAACUUCAUCAUUUACAAGAAAGAUGCCUUCUUCUCCGACGUUGACCAUGCUGAGAUUGCCAACAGCGUGGAGGAGUGUCUGGCCGACUGUCUUCAGGACAAGGGAUGUCAGACAAUCACUAUCUGUCUUCACAAGAAGAAGUGUAGUCUCAGUAAAGUGUCUCCCGCCACGCACGGGAGUCUCGUGAAGCCUCAAUCAGGGUGUACUAUAUAUUCACUGUCAUCAAAUCUCCCUACCAACGUGUCACCGACAGUAACAACCACUCCUGUGCGUCCGACAACAUCACCGACAGGUAUAGCGGUCAGUGGGUAUACUCUGAUCGCGGCGUCCACAGUGCCAGGAAUCGCCACGGCAGCCUUGGAGCUGAUUCCAACCGUCCAGGCCUGUGGUAAGGCGUGCACCAGCAAGGCGGACUUCCACUGCACCGCCUUCCAAUAUUGUCCCUCUAACAAGAUUUGUAACCUCAUGGACACCAGGCAGCUGCCUUUACCGCUGACCUUGAAGAUCAAGACAACUUGUCCGUAUUAUUCUAGGCAAUUUCUGGAUGACUUCACCCUGCAAACGGUUCAACCAGCCCCAAACAGUAAUUUCAAGCCGUUAGAUGGCGUCAGUCUUCAGACAUGCGCAGACAUGUGUGGACACGAGGGAGCCUCGUGUAUUUCCUUCCAAUACUGCCAAAAUACCAAGGAUUGUCUGAUUGGUACAACGCAAAAGACCAAAGUAUCAAGCAACCAACCGAAAUCUAGCUGCCAGUACUACAAACGGCCAUUACCCAAAUCCAGUGGCCAGCCUCCUGGAACUCAGAUGCCAGAGACAGGGUACAGCGAAGGUACCCUUGCUGGGUUAUCCGUUGCCAUGUUGAUCGUCGGUGCCCUGAUAGGAACAGCAGUCCUUUUCCUGAUUCAGCGACAACGUAAACGCAAGAGUUUUGAUGUUAAUAUGCACAUUAUGGAAUCCGAAUAAGUACUCCACAGAGAACCACCUCAGUAAAUCAUCCCGAGAAAAGGGAGUUAAUUGACCGUAAAAAUCCUAACACCACACCACCAUCAGUUUCCACUCUUGCUGAAUUAGGCUGGAGUGUCGUGGCUCUAUUGUAGCGCCACCAGUAGCCAUUACAAGUUAUUGCCCUUUGUAUGUCCCUUCUAUGACCAAUCAGAUUCCACCUGUCGUAUCACUUGCAUUGCUUCAUACAAAAUGGCGGCGCUAAGUCAGGACGAUCUGAUUGAUAAUGAGACUUUUUAUUGUGACAAAACGGGUCUUACCACGCAAGGUUCAUCAACCCAUUUGAGCAUCAAACAUGAACAGAUUUUGAAAAUGUCUGUCGACGCCCAGUCUAUACACAUGUUUUACAAAUCCUGCAAUCGACCGAAAUCUGCACGGCAGUCGCCAUGUUUUGAUGAACCGGAUGUCGAUUUUGAUUGGACUAUGCAUAGACUCGUUAGUCCAGCCAAAGUAGAACUCCAUUAUUCCAGCCUUGGUAGGCAAGGUUGGAAAAUGGACUUAUAUAGUCAGUUAACUCCCUUGCCUCGGGAAGAUGAACUAAGUACUGCCGCUAGCUAGGUGUCUGUUCACAAUAGAAAGCAUUGACAAGACUAACUAAUUUCAAGAUACAACAUUAUCGCCGCGUGGAGCUCAAAGGAUGUAUUUGAGUUUUCAUUCCUGUCGGGUGGAAGAACAUAUACCUCUGUAACUAACCGCAUCUGUUCAUGACCCCUCUGGGGACCAGGAUGUGCCGGUCGUCUGAGGCGUCGUGCUCGAAAUCUAUAAUCUUGGGUUUUCAAAUCCAAAAUUCCUGCUGAUUAUGUUUCUAGGUUUGUCAGCACCAUACCCGUGAUCGUGGGUUUCACCAAAUUGGUAAACACUGAUACCUGCAUCACUUAAGCUGACACGCCGCGUUAUGACCGUAAUACUGUUUCAAUCCACGGAAGGAAAAUGGAUUGAGACAGGCGUUGACGAAGGGGUACUUGAGUUCUUAUUUGCAAGAUAGCUUUUCUAUCCGAACAAAUAAGGUUGUGCACGCCAGAAACUUGUGAUUGUGGGUUCAAGUCCCGGUUCGCCCAACAGCACCAUUCCCGUGCUCGUGGGUUUCCCCAACGUGGUAAACGUCUGAGACCUACAUCACUUCAGGCAUUUC